CGUGCUUAGUCAGGUUUUAUUUGAGGUUAUGUGCACCAAGUGACAACUGUUAUGAGUGACAGUUGAUAGGUAAACAAACCCAUUGUGCCCAUGAAAAAAUAAACAAGAAAAAUGUCCCUUUUAGGCGUAAUUUGCAGGCUGCCAAGACAACUGAGACCCCGCGGUUCUUGUGCCCCAUGGGGUUCCCACGCGAAAAACUGCUCCCAAAACAGCCCUAAUGGCGAUAAAUACGACGAAGACAUUCGCAAUAAGAUUCUGGAAGCCUCCCUGCCAUUUGUAUCAGAACUGGGAUGGUCCAAAGAGUGUUUGAGCCGUGGGGCAGAGCGUUUGGGGUACCCGGGCAUUACCCACGGGAUGUUCAACAGGGGGGCGGGGGAUUUGGUGCACCACUUCAACACCACCUCGAACCACAAGUUGGUGCAAAUAAUGCAACAAGUCGAUCAAUCAACCGGAAUGACCCCGGGGCGCUUUGUGGAGUUGGCGAUACAGGAAAGACUGAAAAUGUUGGUGCCCUAUAGGGGCAAAUGGGCACAGGCCAUCGCCAUAAUGUCUUUGCCCCCCAACGUGCCUCAAGCUUUAGCCACUUUAUUGACGAUGGUCGAUGAUAUUUGUUAUUAUGCGGGGGACAGAUCGGUGGAUUUUAAUUGGUAUAUGAGACGCCUGGGGGUGGCGGGGGUGUAUAAAGCCACGGAACUGUACCUGAUUCAAGACAAUUCCCUCGAACAAAAAGACACUUGGGAGUUUUUGGGGCGACGGAUAGAGGAAGCGGUGCAGUUGCAUGACAUCAUCAGCAAAUCGGACAUCGCUUCGCAGGGGGCCAAGGACGCGGCCAAAUCGGCCUUUAUCACGGCGAGAAACAUAAUCGGAGUCAGCUGGAAUAAGUAGCCCAAAAAUGAUUGUUAACGUAAUAAUAAAGUAUUUUAUUUGUU